AUGAUGAGAAUCCAACGAUGGAAUCUGACCAUUCUUACUCAAGCCGUAAGAGAAAUACAACCCAAUCAUCAUCAAAGAAGACACCUACUCAGGAAUAUCAAGAAAGAAUCUGGAACCCAAGAUUCUCAAAAUAGGAAUACUGGAACACAGGAUUCUCAACGUUUCUGCCAAGAAAUCAGCUGCAUCACAGAGAACACAAGAUUUCAGAGUAAGAAAGAUACUUACGGAACUUAUGAAUCCUAUAAAUCUUCAUCACAAAAGCCACAGCCUUCUAAGAUGCCUGAUUGA